AUGGGUGUAAGGUCAGGAUCAACACAAAUGGCCGAACGAAGCUCUUCUGAAGUAGGCUUAGUAUCUUCACUGAUGAAGUCCUGGAGAAUUGCAUCUUCAUCUGUGCCUACUUCUUCUUCUUCGUCUUCUCCAUCCGCUGUCAAGAACCAUUCUCGAAGUCCGUCUAAGAAGAAUAGUAAUAGUGCAACUAAUAAUAAUAGUAGUAAAUCCUUCAUUGAUGAUGGUAACUUUUGUGCAAUGUCCAAACAGAAAAAUAGUACUACAACUCGGAAAUCUUCUUCAUCAUACUCUCCCCUAAGAUACGUUAGUCCAACUUUGAGUUCAAUAGACUCCCCCAAAUCAAGUUUUUUCCGUAAUCAAUAUUCGAAACAUCACAAUCAAUCAUAUUAUCAGCAUGGUAAUAAUCAUAGCACUUCUACUCUGGAAAAAUCUAAUACUGAUUCGAUAAAACAUGAUAAGUACUUUCAGGACCUAGAUGAAGAUUGGAGUGCUGUUAUUGAUGAUUAUAAUAUGCCUAUACCAACUUUGACUAAUGGUGGUAAUGCAUCACCUAUACCUCAGAGUAACACCAGUCGUAGCCGUCCAAAUUUGACCAGGUCUUCCACUUCUUCCUCCAUUGCAACAAAUGCAGGUCUUGCAAUGACACCAUCUCUUCAAUAUCCUAAACUACCUAGUUUGAGCAGGACAGAAAGCCCCGAGGUCAAAUCCCAAGCUGAAUUGGAAAAUGAAAGAGAGGCCCAAGAAUUGACAGCUAUAAUGCAACGCAUAGAUAAAUUCGAUUGUAUCUUACAAAGUAAACAUAUAAUAAAUCAACAAGAAUUAAAAGAAAUUAGCUGGAAUGGUGUACCAAAACCAAAUAGACCUAAAGUUUGGAAAAUAUUGAUUGGCUAUUUACCUUUAAAUAUUAAAAGGCAAGAUUCAUACCUUAAAAGAAAAAGACAAGAAUAUGUCAAUGGUUUAAAUCAUAUAUCUUCGAAUAAUCAUUCUAAAGAUACAGCUGCAUGGCAUCAAAUUGAAAUAGAUAUUCCUAGAACAAAUCCUCAUAUCUCAUUAUAUCAAUUCAAAUCGGUUCAGAAUAGUUUACAAAAAGUAUUGUAUCUAUGGGCAAUUAGGCAUCCUGCUAGUGGUUAUGUACAAGGUAUUAACGAUCUUGUCACUCCAUUUUUCGAAGUGUUCCUCACCGAAUAUUUAUCACAGUCACAAAUUGAUGAUGUUGAAAAUAUUGAUCCCCAAACAUAUCUUACCGAAGAACAAUGGUCAAAUUUGGAAGCUGAUACAUUUUGGUGCUUAACCAAAUUGUUAGAGCAAAUUACGGAUAAUUAUAUUCAUGGACAACCAGGUAUCUUAGAACAAGUGAAAAAUCUAAGUCAGUUGGUGAAACGGAUAGAUUCAGAUUUGUAUGAUCACUUUCAAAAAGAGCAUGUUGAAUUCAUACAAUUCUCUUUUAGGUGGAUGAACUGUCUAUUGAUGAGAGAGUUUCAGAUGGGUACCGUAAUUAGGAUGUGGGACACUUAUCUUGCAGAAACUUCUACCGAAACCACAAAUUCAAUUCCUUAUACUUCUUCGAACGAAAUAAGUUUACCAAAAACUCCAAUUCAAAGGAAUGCAUCCACUUUUUCUACCCCAGUAGAAACGACUUCGCCAUCUUCAUACGGGCGGUCAGCCCCUGUUACUACUUCGAAUACUACUAGUGUAAAUAGUGAUGAUUCUACAAGACUGAGACAGUCUUCUCUCAAUGAAUUUCAUGUUUUUGUUUGUGCUGCAUUUUUAAUUAAAUGGAGUGAACAAUUACUGGAUAUGGAUUUCCAAGGGAUUAUCACUUUCCUGCAAAAUCCCCCUACUAAAGAUUGGACAGAAACAGACAUUGAGAUGUUACUGAGUGAAGCUUAUAUUUGGCAGUCUCUAUAUAAAGAUGCAACGUCACAUUGGCUCUAG